AGUAUCCGACAGUCAGGGCCAUCCUUUCAAGUUUAAACCACCCUUCAAAGAUUCAAGUUUCGUACAAGUCCUUUCCACACAGAAGUAGACGAAAUUAUCCAGUCAUAUCGACACCUUUUCUAUGGGAAAAGCUUUGGAUGAAGAUGUGCAGUUCUUGUAUUCUGUUGCUCCUGAACCCUUCCUUUGUGAGCUAUGCGCCGCAAACCUAGAUAAGGAGACUCCGCAAGCUAGGCAGGCGCAUUAUGACAGCCACCUAGACAAUGAAUCGCAAGCUUCAGCUUCAACGAGUAAACCAAAGAGCCCAACUAAGGCUCUCCCUAAUGCUAAACGAAUCUUCACGAGGGAACGUACAUCUGAGGAGUUCUGGUAUCCCUCCAAGAGCACACCGUCACCCAGGAACCAUACCCCAUGAAAGCUUUGAUACCCCUCAUUCGCAAAGCUUUACUCAGACUCCAUGCCAAAGGUCAAGUUCAGAAGGCGUAUCUGUGCUUUCCAGGUGCUGUGCAUGUUAGUCAGGAGCUCUGGGACGCCGGGUGGGGUUGCGGAUACCGAAAUUUCAUGAUGGCAUGUUCGUCUAUGGUGGAACGAGAUCCAAUUUACUUCCCUUUACUCGAUGACCCCAUACCUCCCGGUGUGCGGAAUUUGCAAUCUUGGAUAGAGCAAGCUUGGCAUGAGGGCUUUGAUCUGGAAGGCGCAGAGCAGCUUCGAAAUAAGCUUGCUGGUACUUCAAAGUGGAUUGGAACAGCAGAGCUUUAUGUUGCCUUCACAUAUCGAGGUAUUCCCUCACAACUAGUCGACUUUGAUCUGACGCGACAUGGAGGAAUAGAACCUUUAUUAAAUUGGGUCGUGGAAUACUUCGCCGCCGAGUCUGAUAAACAAAGCACAGUCAACGAUGCUUUGCGUGGAGCUACACCCGUUGUGGUGACCGAUAAGAUGCCUUUCAUAUUGCAGCACCAAGGACACUCUCGUACAAUCAUAGGCUUUGAGCGACGAAAGGAUGGCACGAUUAGCCUGCUCAUGUUCGACCCAACGUUUUUACCUAAACACGUCAGAGAUGCAGCAUUGUCCAUUCACUCUGGCGAUAGUUCUAGCCCUGUCUCGCUAUCGUCUGAGAGGCACAAUCUCUCACCCUCCAAGUUAUUCAACAAGGUCAUGCACCCAUAUAAGAGCGAACGGAAACGGAAAGCGAGCGACACAAGUCCCACUGCCCAUUCAACCAAACGUGUACGGAACGGCGAUAUUGACAACGACGUAAUUGUGAUCGACAGUGAUGACGAGAACGCACCGGGACCGAGUCGCAAACCUAGUUUCACACCCGAAUUGGACCCUAUCGCAGUCAUAAAGCCGUUUCGUCUUCCACCUGACAAGUUGAAGAGAAAUGACAAGUAUCAGAUACUCUAUUUCCCUAUGACAGACUCCUGGGAUCGUUCCGCUCGGCUUGCUCGUCGCAUUGUCACCAGUGUGAAGAUGGUCUAGGUUACGUGUAAGCGAAGACUGGUGCGGAUUACAAUGGAUACGACGACGACUUGUGUAACGGCGCAUCACUGUGCAUUCUGAACCUCAUACAUAUUGGGCACCACACCGUACUGUUAUACCAUAGUAGUUUAUAUUAUUACAGACGUACAUAUGUUUGGCAUUGUCUGGUAUCUAUUAAUGCGUUGUAAUUAUACAGAGUACAUGGAUACAGGAUGAAGGGCAAAUACACAAACAGUCAUCCACUC